AUGGUAGCUUUGGGGGAUACUCCCCCUCCACUGCACCUUUACCCCCACGAUGCAUCAUCUUUCGCAGAUACCAUCGAUCCCGUGGAAUCAGCUCGGCCAUCUUUCGAAUCUUCGACCGGAACCGCAGGGAACAAUCUGGAGAAAGUCCUCUACAGAAUUUCUCUUUCCGAAACCGCCGAUCCCGAGUACAGAAAGUCUCUGAAGAGAUUAGCAGAUCACUUCAGAGGAUUGCCUACUCUCCGUAACAGAUAUUCAGUAAUUAUCAAUUCAUUCGUUCUGGAAUCGAAAUAUGAAGAAGCGAAAGCGAAGGGAUAUAACUCUGCUAACCGUUCAGAGGCGAUACUUGAUGAUAGAACUAAACUCGAUAUAUCUCCUUGGCUAGGGAAUAUUCCAGGAAAGUUCAACUUCGUGGAUAACCCACAAGAGAAAUCAAAGGUCAAUAUGAUAUCCGCGAUCAUGGUCCCUCGAUCAUUCAGUCUAAGAAGUAUGGUAGAAGAUCAAAGCGAGAUUGUCAAAUUGAUCAAAAGCGAUUCUCUGGCCCAAAUGCAAUCAAUCGAAUUACAAAUCGAUCCCGGGUCGAAUUCAUGGGUUGGCAAGUCCAUUUCCACUGAGUCGUUCAAGACUCAAGUCGCUCGAGAUCAGAAAGGCGAGCUGAAUAGGAACAUGGUGGUAAUGACUCAAUCGGAUGAUGAUUCGAAUCGCUUUACCGCCCAGGGGGAUCAAGUGAACAAUGCAGACUCACAAAUUCGCGUGUGUAUCGGAUCUACCAAGGCUAAUUCCCCAACGGCCAAAGCUCAAUUCGAUACUGCCAUUGGGACUGAGGUGAAGACUGUCGACACAGAUGUCGCACUUCGGAUUGAUCUCACUCGAGAGUUGAGAUAG